CGGCCGCAUUAUGUAUUAACAAAGCUGCCCAAUUUCAACUGGAUGAACGGAACGACAUCGGAUCUGUUGAUUCGCUGGCCACACUUUAAAAGCAAACAUUUCAGUUUUGGUUAUCGUUCGUAACGGUCACAAAAAUUCAUCGCUCUCAAACGCUCAUCGUGUAUUUCCAACGAAAAUUUAUUACCAAUUUUUAAAUAUACUCUGUUUAACUCUGUUUAUUUUUUUUGUGUCCAACUCCUUUAAUGUGCUACAUCAAUGCAAGGCUAAUAUUUUGUUUGAAUUUCCAACUAAACGCCUUUUAACACAAAUUAUAUUUUUAUUGAUUCGUCAUUCAAAGGGAAUUUAAAUGGUAAAAUCAAGUGUUAACAUUGAGAAGAGUCAAUAUUUGUGGAUCGAUUAAGAAUUAACAUUGAAGUGAGAGAUCACAAACAAUAAUAUACGGUGCUUCUGUUUAAAAGUACAACGAAGAAGGAUUUUUUUUUUCGUUCACCUCGCCUACAUAUAAGUUGUGUCACAUCAAACAUCUCGAUUUAGUGCCGACAAUAACGUACGACUUUCAAUAGCAUCAAUCUGUUGUGAUAAAAAUCGAUUAAAUUGGUUUCUCUGUGAAACAUCCGAUUUAGAGUUAAAUUCGCUUAACUCUUGUAUUUAUAAAGACCGGAUCACAUUCUUCAACAUACGAAAUGAUUAGCACCAAGAGUACAGUAUUAUAUCUGGCUGCAUUGCAACUGGUCGUCUGUAGUACAUAUGGCAAAAUGUUAGAAAUAGUCAAUAAUAAACCACAGCUGAAAGAAAAACCUGAUUGGUUGCGACAGUGUAGCAAGAGCAAUCCAAAUGCAGAUGAUUGCUUCCGGCAAAUGUUCGAAGGAAUGUUCCCACAACUGGCCAAAGGUAUUCCGGAAUUGGGCAUUGAACAUUUUGAGCCCUUGAUUCUACAGUCGGUAUCGGUGUCACGAGGCAGUGGCAGUCUAACACUUGCGGGUGGUUUCAAGAAUUUGAUUGUGAAAGGUCCAUCAAAUGCCACAGUUAGUCGUGCAAGCCUUGAUUUAGAAAAGAAACAAUUGAGUUUUGACUUGGUGAUACCAAAGCUUCGCAUCGAUGCUACAUAUAAUUUGAAAGGCAACAUUCUUCUUCUGCCAAUCGUUGGAAGUGGCAAUGUCGCGAUGUCAAUGAAAGAUGUGAAGAGUUCCGUGUACACAAAAAUCAGUAUCAGAAAAAAACCGGAGGAAGUGAUUCACAUUGAUGAUAUGAAGGUAACAUUCUUGGUGGGCAGUAUGCGAAUUCAUUUAGAUAAUUUGUUCAAUGGAAACAAAGUGUUGGGUGCCUCAUUGAAUAUGUUCCUGAAUCAAAAUGCCAAAGAAGUGAUUUCCGAAUUGAGAUCAGACUUGGAGCAUGGUCUAGCCAACAUUUUCACCGGUCUCUGGAAUAAUGUAUUCUCAAAAUUACCAAAUAAAAUGUGGCUGGUAUAGAAGUGCAGCAACCAAAUCACUUACCGAAUUAGCUGUUUAACAAAGUACACACAUAAUUUAUUCCUUUCCGCUAAAAUUGUUUUGCCGAAACUAUAACAUUUAGCGGAAAUUCGUUCAUUUGUUUAAUUUUCCUUAUGUUGUUAAUUAUUAUCAAACAGUCGUUCCGACCCAAUGUGUAGCUUAAGAAAUUAGAUACGACUCUUCUCUGAUUGAUUAUUUCUUGAACAAAAUCUCUUGGUUUUUUUUUUUCUUUAUUAAAUCUCUUUUUAUUUAAUGAUAUUUAUCGCAAUCAAGUGAAUUUCGAUUGGACAUAAGGUCUACAUACGCUGUAUAGUAUUUUCUAAGCCGUUUCGACUUUUUGCCACUAUACCAUCUUUUAUCUAUUUCUGUUAUAUUUUAAAAGAUUGUUAUUGUAAGAGGUUUUCAUUAUAUGAAUAAAAUUUUAAAUCAAA